GACUGUAGCACCAACAACAGUUGCACCAACAACCACAGCACCUACGACUGUAGCACCAACAACUGCACCACCUACAACAGUAGCACCAACAACAGCAGCACCCACGACUGUAGCACCAACAACUGUAGAACCAACAACCGUAGCAGCUACGACAAUACCACCAACAACAGCUGCACUUACAACUGUAGCAUCAACAACAGCAGCAGCUACAACUGUAGCACCAACAACCGCAGCACCUACAACUGUAGCACCAACAACUGCACCACCUACAACAGUAGCACCAACAACAGCAGCACCCACGACUGUAGCACCAACAACCACAGCACCCACGACUGUAGCACCAACAACCACAGCACCUACAACUGUAGCACCAACAACUGUAGCACCAACAACUGCAGUACCUACAACUGUAGGACCAACAACCGCGGUCGCUACUACUUUAGCACCAACAACUGCAGCACCAACAACAGUUGCACCAACAACAGCAACAGCUACCACUGUAGCACCAACAACUGCAGCACCUACGACUGUAGCACCAACAACCGCAGAAGCUACUACUUUUGCACCAGCAACAGCUGCACUUACAACUGUAGCAGCAACAACAGCAGCUCCUACAACUUUAGCACCAACAUCUGCAGCACAAACGUCAGUAGCACCAACAACCGCAGCACCUACGACUGUAGCACCAACAACUGCAGCACCAACAACAGUUGCACCAACAACCACAGCACCUACGACUGUAGCACCAACAACUGCACCACCUACAACAGUAGCACCAACAACAGCAGCACCCACGACUGUAGCACCAACAACUACAGCACCUACAACUGUAGCACCAACAACCACAGAAGCUACUGCUUUAGCACCAACAACCACAGAAGUUACUACUUUAGCACCAACAACUGCAGCACCAACGACAGCAGCACCAACAACAGCAGCACCUACGACUGUAGAACCAACAACCGUAGCAGCUACGACAAUACCACCAACAACAGCUGCACUUACAACUGUAGCAUCAACAACAGCAGCAGCUACAACUGUAGCACCAACAACCGUAGCAGCUACGACAAUACCACCAACAACAGCUGCACUUACAACUGUAGCAUCAACAACAGCAGCAGCUACAACUGUAGCACCAACAACCGCAGCACCUACAACUGUAGCACCAACAACUGCACCACCUACAACAGUAGCACCAACAACAGCAGCACCCACGACUGUAGCACCAACAACCACAGCACCCACGACUGUAGCACCAACAACCACAGCACCUACAACUGUAGCACCAACAACCACAGAAGCUAUUACUUUAGCACCACCAACCACAGAAGUUACUACUUUAACACCAACAACUGCAGCACCAACGACAGCAGCACCAACAACAGCAGCACCUACGACUGUAGAACCAACGACCACAGCACCUAUGACAAUAUCACCAACAACAGCUGCACUUACAACUGUAGCACCAACAACUGCAGUACCUACAACUGCUUGGUACAUCUACAGAUGAAGUUAACCACCUUUGGAGAGGUCAGCAAUGGAACCGUUAUCAGCAGCGUACAACAGUUAUUUGAAAACAAGCUCCUGAAUGGAACACAACACAAAAUCAAUGUGAGAAUCAUUCGAAGGACGAGAGUUUCCCCGUAG